UCCCUCGGAUUUCCCUAAUCCUCAGAGAGAGAGAGAGAGAGAGAGGCAUUUGGUUUGGUUUGGUCUGGUCUCUGUGAAUUUGCUCAGCGGUCUGCGUUGCGUUGCGCUCCCUCAACUCCUCAAAAAACACACAGAAUUCCAGAGAUCCGAGGAGUUUGGGAAAGAAGCUCUCUCUCUUCGACAACCCUUCUCGCACGAUCGAUAGCUUUCAGUCAUGGCAAGUUUUGCACCAGAAGGAUCCCAGUUUGAUGCUCGUCAAUAUGAUUCAAAAAUGAAUGACUUACUUGGCAGUGAUGGGCAGGAUUUCUUCACAACAUAUGAUGAGGUUUAUGAAACUUUUGACUCUAUGGGAUUGCAAGAGAACCUCCUUAGAGGCAUUUAUGCAUAUGGUUUUGAGAAGCCAUCUGCAAUUCAGCAAAGGGGGAUCGUUCCCUUCUGCAAAGGACUUGAUGUGAUUCAGCAAGCACAGUCUGGAACUGGAAAAACAGCUACUUUCUGCUCUGGAAUCUUGCAGCAGCUUGAUUAUGAGUUACUUGACUGCCAAGCAUUGGUUCUUGCUCCAACUAGAGAACUAGCUCAACAGAUCGAGAAGGUUAUGCGUGCAUUAGGUGAUUAUCUUGGUGUCAAGGUUCAUGCAUGUGUAGGUGGCACUAGUGUUCGUGAAGAUCAGCGCAUUCUUUCUAGUGGAGUACAUGUUGUUGUUGGUACCCCUGGUCGUGUUUUUGACAUGUUGAGGAGGCAGUCACUUCGCCCCGAUCACAUCAAGAUGUUUGUGUUGGAUGAAGCAGAUGAAAUGCUUUCACGAGGUUUCAAGGAUCAGAUCUAUGACAUUUUCCAGCUGCUACCAUCAAAAAUUCAGAUUGGGGUUUUCUCUGCCACAAUGCCACCUGAGGCACUUGAGAUCACUAGGAAGUUCAUGAAUAAACCUGUGAGGAUUCUGGUGAAACGUGAUGAGCUUACCCUUGAGGGUAUCAAGCAGUUCCAUGUCAAUGUUGACAAGGAGGAAUGGAAGCUGGAGACACUUUGUGAUCUUUACGAGACAUUGGCAAUUACCCAGAGUGUUAUCUUUGUGAACACUAGGCGCAAGGUUGAUUGGCUCACAGACAAGAUGCGUAGCCGGGAUCAUACAGUUUCUGCCACUCAUGGUGACAUGGACCAAAACACUAGGGACAUCAUUAUGAGGGAAUUUCGGUCUGGUUCCUCUCGUGUGCUCAUAACUACUGAUCUCCUGGCCCGUGGUAUUGAUGUGCAGCAGGUUUCUUUGGUGAUAAAUUAUGAUCUUCCAACACAGCCAGAAAACUACCUCCAUCGAAUUGGUCGUAGUGGACGGUUUGGGAGGAAGGGUGUUGCAAUCAAUUUUGUCACCAGGGAUGAUGAGAGGAUGCUGUUUGACAUCCAGAAGUUCUAUAAUGUUGUGAUUGAAGAGCUGCCGGCAAAUGUUGCUGAUCUCCUUUAAAAGGGUUUUGGUUGGGUGUAGUAAAAGGGUUUUAAUUCUGAAGGCAUAAUUAUUAUCUUCUUUCUUGUAGGUAUAAGGUCCUUUAUUUAGCAUUGGUUUGAAAAUUAUUGCGAAUUUUGUUGCAUGAUUUUGUAUUGUUAGUGUCUGAGACAAAUCUGCAGAAUGCUGUCUGGAUUGAAAUCGUUUUGUCUGAAACCAGGUUUUUUAUGUCUGUAUGAGGGGGAAUAUUUAAGUUUCAAAACAGUGUGUUUAUGUUAGGAUACAGCCGUUGCUCCAUUUGCUCA